AUGGCGGACGACAGCCUUUACGACGAGUUCGGCAACUACGUAGGCCCUGAGCUGUCGGAUAGCGACCAGGAGGAGGCCGACGCUGCGGAUGGCGUAGUGGAGGACGACCAUGGGGAUGAGGACAUGGAGGAGGCGGACGGGCAGGUUGACGAAGAGGACGAGCCCGCGCCUGGCGGCCAGAUCGUCCUGGCCGAGGAUAAGAAAUACUAUCCAUCAGCAGAGGAGGUCUAUGGGGAGGGCACGGAGACACUGCCGCUGGAGGUGCCCAUCAUAGCCCCUGUCAAAGACAAGAAGCACGAGAGGCUGCUGUCCGAGCCGCUGCCCGCGAACUUCACGCCCGAGUUCCUGGCGACGCUGAUGUCCAAUGCCGAGCUGGUGCGGCACGUGGUGGUAGUGGGGGCGCUGCACCACGGCAAGACGACGGUCAUGGACAUGCUGGUGGAGCAGGUUGGGAGCGGUGCGGGUGUUGGGGUUUUGGUGUGGGUGGUUGUGUGUGGGUGA